GUGCUGAGUUAGAUUCUGAUUUGUUAGAUCAUUUGUUAAUUGCUCAUACUUUAAAGGAUCCUGAUUCUGACAAUGUUGAGAACGUAGCUUCAAUAUCUGCUAAAGAAGUUAGCGUUCUUACGUGGGACGUUCUCUUGGCUGGUACUGAUACGACUGGUAAUGCUUUCAGUUUUCUAAUAUAUUUCGUUGCAAAACAUCCAAACGUUCUUGCUAAAAUUCAUAAAGAGAUCGAUAAAGUUUUGGGUCCUGAUCCAACCGUUGAAUUCACUUUUGAAAAUAUUGAUAAUUGUCAUUAUAUUGAAGCAAUGGUUAAAGAAUCAUUGCGUUACAUUUUAAUGGUUCCAUACACUGUAAAACUUUCCGAAGAAUGUGAAAAUAUUGGCGGUUAUGAUUGGCCAAGUGGAACUAAAUUCUGGAUUGAUCAUCAUAGUCUUUGUCAUAAUCCUGAUAUUUGGGAUGAUCCCGAAACUUUUAAUCCUGAUAGAUUUUUAAGUAAAAAUCAUGGUGGUUUGUCUGAAAUUUCGGAAUUACAAAAGAUCACUUUUGCUCCGUUUGGUUGUGGUCUCAGAGGUUGUGCUGGAAAAUUUGCUGCUUUGACUUUGAUGAAAACUAUGACUGUUAUGCUUUUUAGAAAGUAUAACAUAGAAUUAGUUAAAAAAGAUGAAAUGAUAAAAUAUCGUUAUACUGCAUUGAAUAAGGUUUAUGAUUUGAAUGUUAGAAUUAGCUUAAGAGAUGUUUCCUCAUCUUCUUAA